AUGGAUCUCAAAGGCUCGUGCUAUUGCAAGGCUGUCACCUUCAGCCUGACUUCGAGCUCUCCCGUUCCGUACUUGGCUACUCAACAAAUCACGCAGAGAUGUUUCUGUUCGAUCUGCCGCAAGACAGCAGGCGGUGGCGGCUAUGCCAUCAACUUGGGUGCCUCGUCUGACUCGCUCAAGAUCAAGGGCGAAGGGAACAUCACGCGAUACAAGCCAUUGGGAGAUAAAGCCGGCGAGAGCAGAUCCUUCUGCAAGACGUGCGGCUCUGCCCUCUGGAACUACGACAAGAGGUGGCCAGACUUGAUCCACCCGUUUCCUUCCGUCAUUGACACGGAACUGCCAGUCCCUCCCGAGUUCUGCGACAUGAUGCUCGGCUCCAAGCCAGCCUGGGUAUCGCUUGACAAGCCUUGCGAGGAAUACGAUGAAUACCCCAACAAGUCCCUUGACGAAUGGCACAAAUCACACGGCUUCAAAUAUUGA